CUCUUCUUCUCCUUUCUUCCAGCUGUAGCUCCCGAAGGCCCCCAGCCAAGCCGACAGCCUCCCACGAAGAAAAACUGGUAGGAAGCCUUAAAUUCCUCCUUAUUUUCUUGUCCAAAAACUAGAUUUGAGCUUAGAAAUUCUUCCCCCCUGCUGGAAAAUCCGGAUCUGCUUUGCUCUGUCCGCCGGCUGCUCUUGUUUGUGGAGGCGAAUUGGCCUGGUUUCCGCCCCGUGAAUUGCUCCUGCAGAUUGCCGCCGGCUUCUCCCCCUACUAGGCCCGGUUCUGCAGCUAGAAAUUCUGGAAGCGAAACCGAGGAUGGGGAAACCACGGGAAGUGAUGAGUUAGAGGGCUAGCCAUUUCGAGAUUGAUAUAGAUUUUAGAAAUAAAUCAUGAUCUUGUAUUUGGAGAUUUUAAGUGGAGAUUUAUAAUAUUAGAGCAAAUUAUGAAAUUUGAUCUUCAGAUUUUGAUGGUAUUAGAUUGUGAAUUGGAUAAGUUUCGAGCCUUGUGCAUUUGUGGGACCCUCUCACGAGUGCACGGCGUCUGUCGCACCUCGAAUUUGGGUUUUGGGGCGUGACAUAUGUUCAUGCUAUUUGAUGAUGCAUACAUUGAUAUAUGACUUGCAUAAUUUAGUAGUUGAUGUUCAAUUUAAACUUAGUUAAAUGAAGAAAUAUCAAAUGAGAUACGCUUUUUUCAAAACAGCCCCAAACUUUUUGUUUGUCCCAAUCAAGGCCAGUAGAGCUGGCUCAACCAUUUUCACAGUCGGCUCAGCCCAAAAACCCGAGAGUCUUCUCUCUCUAGAAUUAAGCCGGCUCCAGGACUAGAGCCAACUCUCCUACAGUUUUUUAAAGCCUCGGGUUUCUCUCUCCUUGCAUGAACCAGCCCAGAUUUGUUUUAUUUCCUCACCCAAACUCGCGACCUCUCCUCUCCCAAAACUCACUAUUCAUUCUCCCAAACACCAAAAUCCCUCCAAAUCUCCAAAGCCCAUCCCUCAAACACUCAAAUACCAUCAAAUCCUUGCCUACCCAACACAAAACCUCAAGCUUUUCACUCCAAUUUGUGUGGGAUCUGCUGUCUUUUUGGUGUGGCUGCUGUGUUUUCUCUCUCAUGGCUUCAAGAAGGGUUGGAAAUAAAAGGAAACAAGUGGGUAGUUCUAGCACCGGUGGUCAAGCUCAAGAAGAAGGUAACAUCUCCCAAUCAAAUCUCUUUUUGGAUACCCAAGCUUCUGCAAAGUAUGAAAUUAUCAAGAAUAUGGCUGUUUUAUCUUGCAAUUGUGUAAAAUUUAGUCAAUUUCCUCAAGAAGAUAUGCGUGUUGAACAAAUAUUUAGAUAAAUUGGGUGGAAGGAUUAUGUAGAAAUUAAAGAGCCUCUGUACUAUAAAGUUGUUCAUCAAUUUUAUGCGAAUUUGAAACCAAAAGGGAAUAAAUGCAAAACCAUGGUUGUUGGGGUGUCAUUUCAGUUUUCACCAAGGGAUAUUUGUGCUGUAUUAGAUAUACCUGAAGGAGGAGAUAAUGAGUUUCAGGAAGUAAAUCAUGCCUUAGUUA